GGCGGAGGAGAGCUGAGGAAUGUAAAAUAUCGAGGGCGCGCAAUAUGUCGGCCUACUCUCCUCACCUGCGACGACUCCACGUAACCUUUAGGGGUUCACUGCAUUCCUUUAAUCCGAAUGUUUAGGACAUGUGGAGCCAACGCGCGUUCUACAGAAGAUCGGUCCUACUCGCAGAUAGGUACAACUGGAACCUUUAGUACGGAUUGGGCGCACGAGGGAGAGACACCGAGAAACCCGCAGCCUUCUCGACUGCGUCGUACCUUGCAGUAGCUGGCGACCGUACACAUGCCACAGUGUGAGCGAGAGAAGAAUCGCGGUUUCGAUCGCUCCUCCUCCCCGUCCCCAUCCGUUCCGAAUACCUACAAUCCCCGCCAAUCCUUUCACUACACGGAGCGCAUGGCACUCUGAGCCUCCUCGGGCCUGAAUACGAGUGCUCUCAUGGCGGGCGAUACCAUGCAAUCCAUGCCAAUGUCUCCGCGACAGUCGCCGGCAGACAUAGGGAGCGCUGCGGUACAAUGGGCGUGCACGAGAAGAGGGAGGAUGCUGCUUCUGACUGUCUUGUUCUUCGCCGUAUUGAUAGGCAUGACGGGCAUGAGGAAUCACGAGGCCAUUUCGUCAAAGUACCACGACAUGUCGUCGCAUUACCAAUGGCGACCCUAUCUCCCGAGCCUCCCCUCGAUUAUACACUCCCCCUUCAAGACGCCUUCCAAUACCACGCUGCAGCUCGAAAAUGGCGAAAUCAGCCAUGUACCCGCAAACCUCAAAAAGACGACGCCGAACUUCCAUCUUCUUAUGCCCUCCGAAACGGAUACAGAUGGCUUCUGCAAGACGACGCUGUCGGCCAUGCUGCUGAACUACCCUCCGCCGACCGUAGUCAACCUUUACGCCGCAUUUGAAACGGACGUGCAAUGGGAGAGGGACAAGCUGAACAAUACAAUACACUAUCUGAGCAAUGCGCAGUACGUGCAGGAUGAGGAUCUUGUCCUCAUUGUGGAUGGCCAGGAGUCGUGGUUCCAGCUCCCGAGCGAUGUCAUCGUCACUCAGUAUAAAAGGCUGCUUGAAGAAGCCAACGUGCGCCUGCUGGAGAGGUACGGCGUGAACAAGGACGGCUUCCAGAAAUUCAAUCAGACCAUCGUCUUCGGUGCGGAGAAGAUGUGUCAGAGCGACGACAUGGCUUGCAAGUACGUGCCACAGUCGAUACUGCCAGGUGACAUAUACGGAAAAGAGAUGGGGCGACGUAUCGCGGAUAUGCCGGCCAAGUUUAUCAAUUCGAAGAUAGUUAUGGGUCCGGCGGGUGACCUGAGGGAGUUAUAUUUGACUGCGUUAAGGAAGCUCGAGGAGAACAGGAGCCAAUCACAGACAGUGCAGUCAGUGUUUGCAACCAUCUUUGGGGAGCAGCAACUACGAAGAGAUGCAAUAGAAAAAGAGAAGAAGCCUGCAGGUUCCAAGUUGAAGGCGUUUCUGGGAGGCGCUACAUCGAAAACAACGAACGCGGACGUUGCACUACAAAAUGCUACACAGCACGAGUUCUCGAUCGGUCUCGACUACACGCACACUCUUUUCCAGCCGCUCAUCUACUGCACCGAAGACGAGCUGGUUCCUCUGAUGCACGACAACUCGACGGACCUAUCAAAGUACCAGCACCCGGACUCUUGGACCCAAUACCUAGAUCUCCCCCCGGUCUUGAGUGAGACCAAACCUCCCUUUUGGCGACCCGAUCUUGUUAAACAUAACCCCUCUCCUAACGAAAAGUCUGCCUGGAUCGACAAGCUAGAAUUCAACAAGGACCUCGACAGCCUCCCCAAGCGCAAAUUACCCUGGAGCGACGUCUCACUGCUCCAAAACACGUACACCGGCGCCGUCCCCGCCGUUUUACUCAACAACCCCAUGGCCAUGAGGAAUACCGGAGCUGACCACGCCCCCAGCGCAAACGUGACAUGGUUCAGCCUAUGGUACGCCCCGUACACACGCGCUCUCCUACGAAACUACUUCCGCACGCCUCAGUCCCCCAACGGCUACCACAACUCCCUCGUGGGCGGCGACCGGGCGUGGGACCAACGUGGCGGGCGCGGCGGCGUAUGGACGGCCUACGAGCAGAUAUGGCUCCCGUGGGGCGAAGUAGACGGCGUAUGCGGCACACUAAGCCAAAUCAAAGAAGUUUUCAACGACGAGAAAGGCGUGUGGCUCCAUGAAACAGAUGAAAAUAGCGAAGCCGACCGCUUGAAGGAAGAAAACGAUUUGCAUAAGAAGAUUGAAGAAGAGCGGAAAAAGGAGGAAGAGAAGCAGAAGAGUAAGCAGGAACAAGAGGAUAAAGAGAGAAAGCAUGCAGAGGAACUAAGGAAGGCUGAUGACGCGAAAAAAGUAGAGAAGACUAGGAUAGAAGAAGAGCAGAAAAAAGAGGGCGAGGAGCAGAAAGGUAAACAGGAACAAGAAGAGAAGGAGAGGAAGAAUGCGGAGAAACUGAUGAAGUAUGAACAGGAGAAGAAGGCUAGGAUAGAAGAAGAGAGUAGGAAAGAGGAUGAGAGCAAGAAGGACGAUGACAAGAUAUCUGCAUUGAUGCAAGGUACAGUCGAGAGCGGAGAGGAAUUGGCCGGCCAAGACGGAAGCGCAUUUGGCCCUGGCAAGGGAAAUAGGGUGGAGAGGAGGUGGUAUUCAUAAAGUGCGUCAUAAUCUGGCGACGGCGUUAUAAGGGUGUUACGGGCAAAUCUCUCAUAUUUCAAGAGUUGGCUGGCUAUCUACUUAAAAGAAGCACUAUGCAUUAUACCUAUCUAGAGGUUUUGGGUGGGUUGGGUUCGUUUAGAUUUGGCGUUUGAAGUUUUUUUCCCUCAUCCUCUUAUGGGUCAGAGGAUAGGGCGUUCGUUUUGACUGGCUGAGUGAGUCACGCAUUGAACAGCUAGAUACAAGAGGUCAAUAAAUAUUACACUUUUUAGCGUCU